AACAUGGAUCGGCAGAAGCGAAUCUCCGUGUUCGUGCGUCCGCUUUGAGGCAACCGUAGAAGAAAGCGGGCUCGCUUGCGCUCCUCACGCCAAGAAGUUAGUUAGCCCAAAGUAGCUAGCGCGGGGUCGGAGAGCGUCGCAUUUCCCUUUAAGGCCAGUGCUGAAAGAUGCGGCGCGGGGAGUACGUGCCGCACGCGUUCCAAGCCCCGGUGGACGUUCAUGCCAGCGCCGAUGGCCAGGUGUACAUGUUCAAGAGGAAAGCCGACGGCACGACCGCGUCGUCGGACGACGACGACGAGGAGGAGGAUUCGGAGGAACUCAGUCUGAUGGAAAUGAGACCUCGGGUGUUCCAGGAGCCCGAGCAGGACAGGCUGGGGAACUUCCACCUGCUGCAACGGGACGUGCUGGACGGCGACAAUCUCAACAAGCUGGCGUUGCAGUAUGGAUGCAAGGUGGCAGACAUAAAGCGCGUGAACAACCUCAUGCUGGAGCAGGAUUUAUUUGCGCUGAAAUGCAUCAAAAUUCCUGUUCCCAAGCACAGCUUUUUAACUGAAACUUACGCAGACCCGAGUGACUAUCUAGAGGAAAUGCCCCCCAGGGACCAGCCGCAUAGACACCAGGUUAUGGACUUCCGCAUCGAGGUGGACAACGACACGGAGAAACUAAUCCCAACCACGGACAACGGCGAUGUGGAUCUGUUGAACGACAGGCCCAAAAUGUCAGGCCCAAGAGGGCAGAAGGCCCAGGGGGCAGACUGGGGGAUCCAGUGGUGGAACGCCGUGGUGGCCAUGCUGCUCAUCGGCAUUGUCCUACCCUUGUUUUAUAUCAUUUACUUCAAAACCAAACACAGCGGUACGGCCUCGCCAGCGGAUGACGGCGUGACGUCAUCUUCUGUCACGUCAAACAGCUCUGAGAGCGGCGUCUUCGGUACCACUGGACCUGAGCCAGGAUAGAACGGCCUAGCUAGAUUGCAUAAAGGCAAACGUCUUGCACAUCAAUCACGUACAAUACCUGCAUCAUCUUCUGUGAAAGUCGAACAUUUGCAAUCCAUUGGAAUCAUGUCAACUUCAAAUUCAUCAAAAGCAAUUUGCUAGUAAUUCUUAUUGUUCUGCAUGUUAUUUUAUGGUUUUUUUUUUUCCAUAGCUAAUUAAAAAGAAAACAGCUACAAUAUUGACUUUCAUAUUUGCGGUUCACUUUCAAAACUUUUCUGCGUUUUUCUUUCUGUGGAACCCAUUCCCAGCUAUUUGCUGAAAAUCUAAUUUAACGUUUUUUGUACUCCUUCGGAAACACCCAACGAUGCCACAGAAUGGCGCCAUCAUUCAAAACUAAACACUUGCUGAGAUUUACAGAAAUCCAGUGUUACAUAUUGAGAUUUGAUUCUUACUGUUACAUCAUUGUUGAUAGUUAUUGUGAGAGAUCAAGAAAGGAUUGGCAGCAUCUUGUGGCAUCGCUUAGCGGAUCAGAAAGAGGAGAAACUGCAAAUAGAUUUUCAGCAAAUAACCGAAUUGGUAAAUGGUGAACUGUGAAUAUGGGCGGAUACUGUAUUGCGGCGUGUUUUCGAGGGAAUUCUGAGUUGUGUGUAUCGGGUGUUGACUGAAACUGCUGUACAUAAGUGGGUCGUUUUUAAAUGUAGUUUUUAUUUUGCGUGUUUAUAUGUGUUGAUUCGUUUUGCAUUCUUCACUUGGGCUGGAUUUACAUUAUAGGUCCAAGUGGCCAAUUUUUUAAUGUCUAUUUCUUUUGGUUUAUUUUCCAUCUACAUUUCAAAUGAGCUAGCACUUAAAAUGACUUGCUUUUUUUAAUCUGGGGGGGAAAAAUAUUUUUUUACAUUCUUUAUUAAUCACCAAGAGAACCUAUUGCUGAGAAAAAUUAUUUGACCCAUUCUCCAAUUCUUACUUUGCUAUGACUCCACUUUCUCAUGAAAGAACUCACAUUGGCAGAUACCGAAUUAUGUAUGAGAUCUUUAUCCACAUUUGCAACAGGGUUGAUUCCAUUCUGAAAAUGUGCGUUUUUGUCUUUUUUUCCAUCUACGUUGCCAAGACUCUUCCCAAUUGCGUCACUUGAUGUAUGUCGUGUAAAUCCAGCCUUGAUGCUUGUGCCGAGUGGACCUGAAUGGCAUGCCAAACGUUUGAACUAUGUUUACAAAACCACAUUUCUGUGCAAUAAUGUACGUAUGACGAAUUUCCACAUUUUAGUUUGUAACUUAAUGAAUAAUGAAUUAAACAAAAGGUGCCUUAAACCUUCACUGCUAAAUUCAUGUUCUGAAAUGUGCACCUUUUUUGGACAUUUGUAAAACUUCAGGGAGUUUUGAUUGUAUCUUAACAAAAUUUGCCUUGAACAUGGAAAUGGCUUAAUGACUGUUAUUUGUUUUGUUUUGGGUUUUUUGAAUGGUUUUCAAACUGUUGAGUAAAUAUUGACACAGUAACUGAUGACUCUUAUUUC